CAGCCCCUUAUCCAUAUGCGUGGGUCUAUAUAAACAGGUGCAUCCGUCUCCUCAAUGUUUUACCAUCAACAUUCAGCCAUACUGAUAUAGCUCAUGUGAGCAUGCAAAUGCAUAUCCGCUUUUGCCACGUCCUGCAUAGCAUUAACAAACGCUACAGAAAAGACGUGGCCACCUGGUGACAGCCACGUACCAUUCGUAAGAUUUUGUGAUCUAGACGUAGAAGGUCAGUGUUCCUUCUUGGCUUAAGCAUCUCGUUCGCAAGCUCCGUCUGCCUUUAAUAGAGUUUCUUACUCAUCCUGCUACUACAUACGGUACGACCAAGAGUUGUGCACCGCCAGGAAAGACUAGUAGUUCCCUCAGCUCGCGUCUUAUGUACAGAAGCAAGGGCCGUCCCGUUCCUCAAAAACCUUCCAUAAGGUCCCCUCCGAUGAUCUACCAGAGGAAAGGCUCGGACCUGCUGCCCCGCAGUAGUCGGGCCAGGGUGAAGGAAUACCCCGACCAGAAGUUCAGUUUCCUCGCCUGGCUGGUGUUCCUGGCCACACUCCUGGUCAUUAUUGUAGCCCUGAUGAUCAGCUUCAGGCCUUUGCUGAUAGACGAACCACGUACCAACCUUCACCGUGCCAAGGGGAAAGUUGGAGAUGACGCUGACUACAAAUCAGAUCAUACAGAGGGGGUAGAAGAAGCCGUGGAGAAGGCAGGGACCGACGAGCAGCAGACUGAGGAUGCCACAGCUCAGCAAACCAUCCCAGCCCCUGGCGAACUGGCAGGGGACGACACAGACACGGGGGAAGUGGAUGAGGCAGCGCAAACGGACGACCUGCAAGAACCGCCGAAGCACGAACAUGUACAGGAGGAGCAACAACAACAACGCCUGUUAUACGAACAACAACACCAACACCAAGAACCAAAAGAUAAUCUGCCCACUGACGCUGACAAAGGACCGACGCGCGCCAAGUACGUUGACCCGUCGAAGCCGGCUGAGCCCGUGCUCGCCUUUCCGAAGGACACGGGGCGUUUGGCAGGAAUGAUAAGCUACCACCAAGUCAUCCCUGACGUUAUGGAUCAGGCCCCAACUGCCCUGCUACACGUCUGGUUUGCUGAGAAUAAAGUUGACGUCGGGAGUGAAGUUCAGCCACAAGAUUUGACAGAAAUGCCCACACGGCUGUGGUGGCAGACCACUCAAGGUCGACUAUACACCUUAGUCAUGACAGGUCUGGACAAUCCCUCCCGUGCCAACCCCAUCUUUCGAGAGUACUACCACCUGAUAAUUGGGAACAUUGAAGCCAACCCCGGGGGCGAGCAGGUUCCCUUGGAGACAGGGGAUGUUAUUGCAGAGUACCUGGCCCCAAGCCCCAACAGGAACACCGGGCUUCACCGUUACAUCAUCAUGGUGUUCGAGCAGCCGCGUCGCCUGGAAUUUGAUGAACCCAGGAUGAAAAAAACUGACAAGAAAAGAGCCAGAUUCAAAACCAAGGACUUCGCUGCAAAGUACAGUCUCCCUCCCCCUGUUGCUGGCAUUGUGUUCCUCUCCCAGUGGAAUAUUAAUAACAAACGUACUGCACAACAGGGUAACAAACAGGGCUAGACAUGACAAGCACCAGUAAGGUAGUAGUUAUUAAGCAUUAACUUUGUAGGUCCAAUAAUAUAAGCAAAGCACACUUAUUCUGUUGAGAACUAAUUGAUGGUAUAAAAUACCACCCAUAAAUGAAUUAUGUACAUGUAGCUGUUUAGGAGACAAAAUAAUUUCUUUUCUUUUGGGGUUUCUAGUUGUACAACUGUGUUAAAUCUACUCAUUCGUUGAAUAAAUAGAGUGCUUGAGAACAGCUGUGUUUAAUUUCAAAACCAGUGUAACGUUUCACUUAUAACAAUGUUGUUGUUGAAGGUAGAAAGCUAGUUUUUCUCAUCAUUUUGACAUUGCCGCCUUCGAGCUAAGAUGGUGCUCACAAUCAAAUGCCUUGCUUUAUAUAAAUGGCUAAACCAGUAGCACAUGUAGCUUGUGGGCCUGAACUUUGUGUCAUCCCCACAUACUUGCCAUAUAUUGCAUUUGACACAACUGUUGUGCAAUAAACUUUAAUUUUCUUCUUCUUACAAAUAAGUUGAUAAACGUCCCCAUUUGUCAGGUCUAAUGAAUUCAUAACCAUAUACAUGUACAUGGACUAGACAAAGGCAUAAAGUUGGACAAUAACUUUACAUGUAAUUACACCAAGGUUUUGCUAAUCUAGCAGCUCUUCCAUCUCAAGUCUGGUUUCUGGUUAACCUAUGGGAUAUACUGUGCAUGUGUUCAGUAACUAGUAAGAAAAUGACAUGACACUAUGUAUUAGUGUUAAAGGUACACACAAGAGAGUGGCAACACAUAACAAUACUUACAAAAUGUAUACUGAACAAUAGCAACAUUUCUUACAUUAAAAUGUUCAAGAUAUGAUGAAAUUUCCUGUCUGUCAUGGCUUGCUGCAUUUGUCUACAUUCAAGCUGAAUAUCAUUUAGCAAAGCUACAAUUUUGCAUGUCUGUGUAACUUACUGUAAGCAAUGCAUGUUAAAAACUGCUGAGGCUCUUAAUAUAGUCUACUGACAAAUAAAGAACAUAAAACAACA